GCGGAGUUCUCCGGCUCUGAUGACACCGUCGCCACGGCAACGCGGCCAUACUGGCCCCAACGGACCCGGGAUCUGGGGCUGCGGCGCUGCGGCCUCGUGGGCAGACCGGAGCAUGGACAGCCUCUUCGUGGAGGAGGUGGCGGCCUCCCUGGUCAGGGAGUUCCUCAGCAGGAAGGGCUUAAAGAAGACGUGUGUGACCAUGGACCAGGAACGCCCACGCUCUGAUCUCAGCAUAAGCAGCAGAAGCCAUCUCCGGAAGGUUUUGCAUCUUGAAGUUCUCUACAAGGAGAACAGGGCAAAGGGAAAUCCUCUAAAAACAAACCUUGAACUCAUCACCAGAUAUUUUCUGGAUCACUUUGGAAAUACUGGUAACAAUUUUACUCAAGAAACACCAAUCCCUGCACUCUCAAUACCAAAGAAAAGUAACAAAUUACCAUUGAGAUGCUCAGAGACCACGCUGGUAAAUAUAUAUGACCUUGCAAGUGAAGAUGCGAGUUGGAGAACAUCAUUGUCAGAAACAAGCAAAGCCAGACACGACCAUCUUAACGGGGAUGUACUUGGUAAUUUUGCAUCAUCCAAAAGGGCCUCCCACAAAAGUAAGCCCUUGCAGACUGUCCCAGGUGAAAGCCCUCCUGUGGCUCCUGCUAGGGAGAAGAUGGACAAGCUUCAGUCAUCAGAGCCUUCCUUGGACACGAAGAGGAUGGGAGAGAAGAUCAGGCCGAAGUCUGGCCUCAUUGUCCGAGGCAUGAUGGCCGGGCCCAUCGCCAGCUCCCCACAGGAUUCCCUCCGCAGACGCUCGCUGAGGCAGUCCCCGGCCUUGAGCAGCACGACCCAACCCCACGAGGAGGGGAGCCUACAAGCGCCCGAGCUGUCUGCUCAUACCCCAGCCUGUCCCCCGCCUGUCCCGCAGGAGGGCCCGGCUUCCAGCACCUCCUCCACCCCCAGGAGCACCCUGGGCCUGCUCAGCCCCCUGACCUUGGAAAAGUGGAGAGCCUCGCCCAGCAGCCCUCCUCCCCUGCCAGGCAAAGGGCUUCCCCAGAGUGGGAGCGGCCGGUGGAGAGACCUUUCAGAGGACAGCCCAGCCGUGGACAGUGGCCUAGAGGCCGACAGGACCGCCUUGAAUUUCUCCUUGUCCAGUGGGAAUGCCCCGACGACCCAGGAGAGGCUGGAAAGAGUGUUCAAACGGCAGGGGAGCCAGCCCCCGGCCCUCAGGAGUAAUCAGUUGCCAGCAUCCAGUAAGGUCGACGGUGAGCUCGGCGUGCUGCAGCUUGAGGAUGUGGAGGAUGAACUGCUAAGGGAAGAAGUCAUCCUGUCUCCAGUGCCAUCGAUACUCAAGCUGCAAGUAGAGUCAAAGCCCAUCGACCUCUCAGUGGCAAAGGACAUAAAGACCAUUCUGUUUGGUUCCAGCUUUUGCUGUUUCAACGAAGAAUGGAAACUUCAGAAUUUUUCCUUUAACGACUCAGCAUCAUUAAAAUAUGGCAUCGUGCAGAACAAGGGUGGUCCCUGUGGGGUUCUGGCAGCUGUCCAAGGCUGUGUCCUACAGAAACUCCUGUUUGAAGGAGAUAGCGGAGCUGACUGUGCUCGGCAGCUGCAGCCUUCAAACACUCGUAGGACCCGCUGCCUGGCCCUGGCCAUCGCAGACAUUGUGUGGCGGGCUGGAGGCCACAAGAGAGCCGUGGUCACACUGGCUUCGAGAACACAGCAGUUCAGUCCAACCGGGAAAUACAAAGCAGACGGAGUCUUAGAAACACUCACACUUCACAGUCUGACCUGCUACGAGGAGCUGGUGACUUUUCUUCAACAGAGCGUCCAUCAGUUUGAAGCAGGCCCCUAUGGAUGUGUCCUGCUCAUCCUGUCGGCCAUCCUGUCCAGGUCCACAGAGCUUGUCCGCCAGGACUUCGACGUCCCCACCAGCCACCUGAUUGGAGCACACGGAUACUGCACGCAGGAACUUGUCAAUCUGCUCCUGACCGGGAAAGCCGUGUCCAAUGUUUUCAACGACGUGGUUGAGCUCGAUUCCGGGAACGGGAACAUCACGCUCCUCAAAGGCAUCGCCGCGCGCAGCGACAUCGGCUUCCUGUCCCUCUUUGAACACUACAGCGUGUGCCAGGUCGGCUGCUUCCUGAAGACCCCGAGGUUCCCCAUCUGGGUGGUGUGCAGUGAGAGCCACUUCAGCGUCCUCUUCAGCCUGCAGCUGGAGCUGCUGCAAGAUUGGAGGGCCGAGAGGCUCUUUGACCUGUACUACUACGACGGCCUGGCCACCCAGCAGGAGCAGAUCCGGCUGACCAUCGACACCACCCAGACGGUCCCUGAGGACAGAGACAACGACCUCGUCCCUCCCCUGGAGCUGUGCAUCAGAACCAAGUGA